UCCUACAUUUUAAACAGCAACAUGGACAUAAUAGAAAGGGAAUUAGUUAGAGAAAUGCAAUUAUUCAAGAGAGAGAAAGCAAACCAAUGGGAGCCUGAGAGUAGUUUGUGGAUUGCAACCCCAUUUCUGACAUAUUACUUCGAAUUGAAUAUCAAAGCAGACCAUCAAGGACCAACAUGGAAGGAGUACAAGCAAAGCAAAGGAUUGAAUAAACAUUAAACAAGGAGAUGAGAAUAUAAAAUCUAGCAUCACAUGUAACCGAUUAGCUGCACUUGGACCUAAGUUUACCAGUACUACAUCCUAAUAACACUAUAAAUAUUCCUUGUGCACGUCAAAUUGAGCAAAAAAAAAACGCAGAAUAUCAACCGAGUUUUGAGUUAUGGGGAUCCCGGUGAUCAACCUUGAAGAGCUAAAUGGAAAGAGGAGGAACGAGACACUGUCGGUGCUACAUGAAGCUUGUGCUAAGUGGGGUUUCUUUUGGAUUGAGAAUCAUGGGAUAAGCAAACAACUUAUGGAAAAGGUGACGGAACUCACAAACCAGCACUAUGAAAAGAACCUGAAGGAAAAUUUCUAUAAGUCAGAGUGGGCUAAAGAAUUGGAGUCUGAAUCUGAAUACAAAAUCUCUGAUAUCGACUGGGAGAGCAGCUUCUUCAUUCGCCAUCAGCCAAACCCUAAUUUCAGCGACAUUCCAAACCUAAAUGAAAAACUUUGCAAAGGAAUGAAGGAUUAUGUUGAUCAACUGAUCAUGGUGGCUGAGACGCUCGCAAAAGGCAUGAGUGAAAACCUUGGCUUAGAGAAGAACUACAUAAAGAAUGCAUUUUCAGAACCGUGUGUGGGUACAAAAGUGGCAAAAUAUCCACAAUGCUCAAAGCCAGAUCUAGUUAUAGGGCUCAGAGCCCACACUGAUGCCGGUGGAAUCAUACUCUUGCUCCAGGAUGACACAGUGCCAGGACUCGAGUUCUUCAAGGAUGGAGAGUGGGUCCCAGUUACUCCCACGAAAGAAAACAGGAUCUUUGUGAACCUUGGAGAUCAAUUGGAAGUGGUGAGUAAUGGUAUAUAUAAGAGUAUUUUGCAUCGUGUUCUUGCUGACAAGGAUGGGAGUCGUCUAUCUAUUGCUACGUUCUAUAAUCCUGGGGGCAAUGCCAUCAUUUCCCCAGCUCCAAAGUUCCUUUAUCCUAAUGGUUAUCGUUUCAAAGACUAUCUCAAUUUCUACUCUAAGACUAAGUUCUCAGACAAAGAGGCUAGGUUUGAGACCUUUAAGGAGAUGAAUAUGUGACUGCUUAAUGCUACUCGUGAAUAAGAAGCUUUCCUCUUAGGGUUUGUGCAGACAAAAUAAAUGUUGAUUGUUACGUGCUUCUGUAGAUCUUGAACACCUUAUUUUGUAUUUUACAAGAGUGAAUGUGAUAUUGACACUGCAUUGUUCUUGAAUGUAUUAAUUGUGUAUCAUCAGUUUGGAAGUAAUCCGGUUUGUUUUUAAAAGUUAUUUUUUGUUUCAAUGAGCUCACUUUGAUACAAAUUUCACAUGAAUACUACAAGGACACAACUGCUUUUUGCUGUUAAAAUUUGCAAAGCUAUAAUAAACUUGAACAGUAGAACCUCAGAAAUGAAGUUUAGAUGAUCAUAAUCUUGCUUUCAACUUGUCAAACACUAGUAUAAUCAGUAUAAGAAAGUCCAAUAGUCAGCCCAUAUUUAUUUUCCCUGCAGUAUUGUAAAGAUAGUACACUAAUAUUUCAUAUUUCACAAAGGUACUGUAACUAACGGGCUCUAGGUUACUAACUGCUGCUAGUAAAUAGUAAAUAAAAAGUGAUGCAAAAUGCAAGUGUGAUG